GUGACAGAGAGCUGAAUUACACUGUAAUAAUCCUGUGGACAAAAUCUACUUUUCACUGUAAUUUAGACUGAUGGCCGAUGGUGAAAACGAGAGAACUGAAAUAAGAUGAACUACCAACCAGAGAAAAUAAGGCUUUUCAGAGGCAAUCAAAUGGUUGAAAUGGAGGAUUGACAAGUUAACAAGAAUGAGCAUGUAAAAGCAGCCAUGGUGCCUCUAUGGUUUCCUCUGUUCCUGCUCUUCCUUUCUCCUCUCCACUCUAGUCACACCCACCAAGAUCUAAGAUGUCUCAAUGAUUACAUAAACAAAGUCACCUGUGUCUGGGACAGUAGAGGGACUUUACCAGAUACAGUCUGCAUUCUACAUGGUACUUUUGGAAAGUCGCCACGUUUAAGGAAGGAAAGCUGUGACCUGAAGCCUCUGAAUGAGCAGAAUCCAGCUCUACGAGGGUGCCCCCUUGUUUUUACGAAACGGAAAAUUGGACUGUAUUCUACAAUUGAAUUGCAUGUCUCCUGUGAGAACAUGACCAGCCCUGUGGCUCAGAUACAGGACUAUAAAGCACUCCAACACAUACGAUUGAACCCACCCGAUGCACUAAACGUCACCAAUUACACCAUCUCCUGGGAUCGGACUUCCCAGGAAGGGAUAAGUCAUUUGAAAUUCCAGCUGCAGUUCAAGCAGGAAGAGCAAAGCUGGGAGGAUGUGAAUGUAAAGACCGUCGUCAUACAGGACCAAAUGAAGCAACUACAACUCCCCCAUGAGGACCUUGAGGUGGGGAGGAGCUAUCAGGUCAGGGUUCGAGUAGAUGUGCACCCCAAGAGCAAAGGUUACGCUUCGGAGUGGAGCCGCUGGUCCCCUGUCAAGACCUGGAGGUCAGAGGUCGGGAGGGAACCUCCACAGCCCACAGGGGUGGAAAAAUGGCUGAUUGGCUGUGGGGCUGCACUACUGGUUGUGCUGGUGGCCCUCAGCAUGACAUUUCCCAUUAGAUACAUCCGGGUCGACAAGGCGAUCUUAAAACCGGUCCCGACUCCCGCAAAGUAUUUUGAUGUCCUCAAUUCAACUCACGGCGGAAAUUUCCAGAAGUGGCUAGGUCCUGUGAUGCCUGCCCAAUACUUUGACGUCCCCCAGCAUUCCGUCGUCUCCCAAGUGGAUCUCAUCAGCGCAGAGGACAGCACUGCCCUCUUCAGGAAGGAGGGCGGCACUGCGCCCGAGGAGCAGGAUGUCAGCGGCCAGUCGCCGAGCUUCUCCAACCUCAGCUACUUCUACUCCAGCUACCCCCGGCAGGUGGACACGCUCCCCCCUGCGUGCUCCAGCGGCCAGCCUGCCCAGGGCCCUGCUGAGCCAGGGAAGGACGGGCGGGCUGAGGUGGCCAGGGCCGGCUCAAUCCGGAUCGUCUCUUCCUACGAGUGCCUGCAGAAACUCAUUGCUCGACGAGGGCAGCCCAUGCACCAGGACUCAGGCAUCAGCGUGGGGUCCGAGGACCAGGACACCGGAGAUGACGAAGGGGAUGGGGAAGCAGAGGAUGAAGGGGACGAUGUGCAGAAUGACGCGGUUCUCCCCUCUGACCCUUCAGUCUUCCACCCUUUUCUCUUCCCUUUCGGGAAGUCUCCUUUCCAGGAGCCUUACCCCCAGCACCUGUCUGCGUUCCCCCACUUCCCCUUCCCUUUGCCCCACACAGGAGCAGGGGGUUUAAUAGAGCCCUGCAGUGAUGAAUAUAUGCCAGUGAAGAACAUUCACAGCAGCUCACCUGACAAGUCCCCUGAAGGCAUCACACCAACAUGAGGGCUGACAAACUCAGAAUGCACAAUCGUCCUGGACUCUCAGUGUGUCAAACCUAUUUGCAAGACAGAAUACAAAAAAGGCAGCUAUUAGUGAUAGUGCUUGGCCAACCGUGCAUUCCUGGUGUACAAUCCAGCUAUCAGCAGCUUGAAAUGCCCGCUACCAGCUGUUUCAAAGCCUACCUUGAGCAGUUUUUUUUUUCAGCAGGAAUGUGAGCACUUGCUAGAUUAAAAAGUCACAUUUAGAUUUCUGGGCAUAGUUCUUAAUUUAAAAUGUUUUAUUGCAGAAGAAUAUGACAGAAGUGUGUGUAGUGUUACAUGGAAACAGUUUUGCAGAAAGUAAAGGUCCCAUAGCGUAGUGGGUGGCCUGUAGCGUAGUGGUUAAGGUACAUGACUGGGACCUGCAAGAUCGAUGGUUUGAUCCCCGGUGUGGCCACAAUAAGAUCUGCACAGCAGUUGGGCCCUUGAGCAAGGCGCUUAACCCUGCAUUGCUCCAGGGGAGGAUUGUCUCCUGCUUAGUCUAAUCAACUGUACAUUGCUCUGGAUAAGAGCGUCUGCCAAAUGGCAAUAAUGUAAAUGUAAUGUAACAUAUGAGGACCCAAAAUAAAACAAUGGAAAGGUGUAAAAUAUGAGACCUCUUUAAAGAUGUAGUGUAGUAUCUGUUAUCAGUGUGUGUGUGUGUGUGUGGGCAUGCUUUUGCGUGUGUGUCUGGGAGUGAAUGAGAAUGCAAAAGACUUACACUGUCUCAUUAAUUCAUAGAAUUUUCUUCAUUCUGUAUGCCAUUUAAGUCAUUUAAUGUCAUUAUGUCUUUUAUGUCAUUUAAAGCUGAAAAAUAAAAUAAAAAAAUGAAAACGCUCAAA